GAGCUUUGGGCCCAUCGCUGGCGCAUGUGCCCUUUGGGGGUUGGCCAGGGAUGCCUGGUCAGCCUCCAUGGACUUGUCUUCGAACUCAGCGCCACGUUCUUCGCAAGACAUCCGGGAGGCACCCAGGUCCUCCGGGAUGCCGCCGGAUUCGAUGCGACGGCAAGCUUCGAGGCAGCGGGCCACUCCGAGCGUGCGCGUCGUUGGGCGGACGAAUUCGCUGUGGGCUAUUGCCCGGAUGUCUAUGGAAAGGCCCACCGGCGAAGGGCAAGGGCUGCCUCGAGACAUUCCAUGCUCGCUAUCUCGGUCACUGGCCUACAGGAGUUGCCUACGUCUCAGCCGUUUGCUGGACUCUAUGGGGUGCCGCCCAUGCUGCCGCAGGCGGAAGUCUCGC